AUGCGGAUUCACAGAAGAAAUAUCGUGAUUUUAUUCUUAUUCAAGUUUGGCCAUCUGAGUGACCACAGCGUGUUGGUUGACAGAUUCCAUGACCAUUUGCAAAUAUUAAAGGAGAUCGUUCCUAUGGAGGCGCACAAGAUGAUGGAACUACAAGAAUCACUUACAAAAGUCAGAGGAGAAUUUCUGAUUUUGCCGAUUUCAGAAUAUGCAAUGUCUAAUUCAAACUCUGUUGAAUCUUAUACUGUGGAGGAUGCGAUUGCUUCUUAUGGAUUGACUAUGUCCGGAAUUAGUUUGCCUCAAUCAGUGUCCACAAAUGAGAGUUUUCUGACCAAUGAAGAAACGGAUGAAGUGGAGGUUGAGAAGGACGACACCGAAAAAAUAGUUGCUGAAAAUAUUAACAAUCCUGAGUUUGAUAGUGCUGAUGAAAAAUAUCCUGAUCCAACCUUAGACAGGCUAGAGAAGUUGGAGAGGCUCUUGGAAAUACUCAUUGGAACAAUGGCAGAGGAAAACGUCAGACAACGAGAAGAUCUGAUAAUGGAUGGGUUGAAUUCAAGGAAGGGAAGUAUGAAUAAAAUUCUCUCGAUUCAACCGACCAUACAAGAAGUGACAUACACGAACAAAAUCGAAGAUUCUGAACCUCUCCAAACUGGUAGAUUGGAGUUUGAUUUUUCACGAGUGACAAAGUAUGAAGAAAUAGGACCAAAAACUUCAGACCUGCUUUCACAAGAGCCUACUCCAUUGCUUUUUGAAACCGAAGCAACGGGCCACAAAUCAUCCGAAAUAAAUUUAGACAUGAAUAUGGAGACUUUCGAAUCCGAGGAAUCGUCUUCCAGAGCAGAGACGAUCCAGAAUGAUUCAGAGUUAAUUUCUGAAGCGGAGGUGAAUAGCAACAUAUUGCAAGAAAUACCUUAUAAGUUUGAGCCACAUGAAUCUAAGCUACACGGACAUGUUGUGCUCCCAAUAACAGAAGCUGAACAAAUCGAAAUUCCCUCAUUCACCUCUCUGCUUACUGCAGCACAGCCAAAAAUAACGAGAAGAAUCAGUAAUCGUGUCCUUACAAUGAAGAAUCCUCCCAAUCGAAUUAAAAUUUCUCCUCAGUUCAAUUUUCACAACAAUAACAACAGACCACAAUCAAGCAUUCUCUACGGAAAACCAAAAGUCGCCUGGUAUGGCCCGAAUGCUCCCAAAGUCACAACGCAAAGUCCGACUACUAGCUCCUUUUUCUUUCAUUCUUAUCUGAUCACCUCAAUGCCAACCACUGAAUCCGUUACAAGGUACUCAAAUCUCGAGAGAAAACCCGAUGAAGACAUAAUGGAUUACUUCCGCAGAGUGUUUCCGAUAGUUCUGUCAGAACUCGAACUUAACUUAUCAUCAGAAUACUCGACACUACUGAACAAUGCUGACAAUUCGCAAAGAACUGUCAUUCCAUACCUCUCUGCAUCUUUAAACGAUUCAACAGUUCAAGUUUCAGCAAUUUCAUUUGUACUUGUAUCAAGUACAGAUCAAUCUAUUGGUAGCAAUGGUCCAGUCGUAUUUCCCUCAAACGGCACAGCACGAAUUACAACCAAAAACAUCCACACAUACCUGUUAACGACUCGCACCAAACUUUCGAAAGCCAACUAUGACCAGUUCCCCCUUUUGUUCAAUGCCGAACGAGAGAAACGCCGAAAAGAGGCCUCCUUUUUCCACGUCGAGAAAACUAUGGAAAACGUAGCAGUGACAUUUGUUGGAUACUCGUCAAUAGUGGCAGCAGUCAUCUUUGCCAUCUUUGUAACACUUCUCUAA